GAUGGAGAAUUAUCGGAGACGACACGCCUCGUGAAUGGCACAUACAUAGUACACACUUUCUGUCUCUGUUCCCCGCAAUUGCCGUGUCUCCAGCGAGGCAAAACAGAGGCGAAUCCAUAAAGCACGCUGGGCUUUGGAGACCGGGAUAUUCAUUCAACCAUGAGCCCACCUUUCCCCCCUUUCCCCUCCCCGGGAAGACGUGAUCUUCCAAGAUUUCCAUAUGCCGAGACUCCGCGGGGAAGAGAUCUACAGUCAGAUUGCCCGAUCAAUGGCAUCUACAAAGGAGAGACUCCGCACAAGUUACGAUGGACAUGGAAGUUUACACUAGUAAUGCUUAUUGUCACUAACCUGUCUAUGCUCCUCUCUAUCUACUAGUUAUGUAUGUAAAAACGAUUACUAUAUAGUGGUUAUAUAAUACCAAAAUUACCGCAAUUACCCAUAACUACCGAGCACUUUGCCGU